UUUCCUGGAAUCAUUUUUAAGAGGAGAGGAAACACAGACUCAUCUUCCUAGAAAAGGGACUUUUAAGUGAUAAAGCACUAUGGAUCCAAUUUAUAUUCCUGAAGACUUCUCUGGUUGUCCAAAAUUUGGGAAUAAAUCUUGUCCUCCCGUAAACCGCUCUUUGCAUGUCCGAGUGAUAAUGUAUUCAAUUAUGACUGCAGCCACGUUUAUCACUAUCUUUGGAAACUUGGUUAUAAUGAUUUCCAUAUCACAUUUCAAACAGCUUCACUCUCCCACAAACUUUCUGAUCCUCUCCAUGGCAACCACCGACUUCCUUCUGGGUUUUGUCGUCAUGCCAUACAGCAUGGUGCGAUCAGUGGAGAGCUGCUGGUAUUUUGGGGAUGGCUUUUGUAAAUUCCAUGCAAGCUUUGACAUGAUGCUUAGCCUAACCUCCAUUUUCCACCUCUGUUCCAUUGCUAUUGAUCGAUUUUAUGCCGUGUGCUACCCUUUACACUAUGCGACCACCAUGACCACCUCCAUGAUAAAGCGACUGUUAGCAUUUUGCUGGUCGGCACCUGCUCUUUUUUCAUUCAGUUUAGUUCUAUCCGAGGCCAACGUUGCCGGCAUGCAGAGCUACGAGAUUCUUGUUGCUUGUUUCCAUUUCUGUGCACUUACGUUCAACAAAUUUUGGGGGACGAUAUUGUUCACUACAUGUUUCUUUACUCCUGGCUCCAUCAUGGUUGGUAUUUAUGGCAAAAUCUUUCUUGUUUCCAAACGACAUGCUCAAGUUAUCAGCAACAUGCCUGAAAACACAAAGGUGGAAGUGAAAAAAAACUUAUCUAAGAAAAAGGACAGGAAAGCAGCUAAGACCCUGGGAAUAGUAAUGGGGGUGUUUUUAGCAUGCUGGCUGCCUUGCUUUCUUGCUGUCUUGAUAGACCCAUACUUAGACUAUUCCACUCCCAUAAUAGUACUUGACCUUUUAGUGUGGCUUGGGUACUUCAACUCUACUUGCAACCCCCUCAUUCAUGGGUUUUUUUACCCGUGGUUUCGGAAAGCUCUUGAGUACAUAUUGUCAGGCAAAAUAUUUAGCUCUCACUCAGGAACUGCAAACCUAUUUCCUGAGGCACAUUAAUAAAAAAAAAAAAAAGCUAUUACAAAAGUGAAGAGAGUAUUGAAAAUGAGACUUAUCAUUUUGGCCUCAUGCCUCACAUUAAUGAUACUAUUAAAUUUCAGUAAUCUGGAUAAGUGUCUCCUAACGUGCGCAACAGUUACCUUCAGUAUCUUUGACCCAUCAGGCAUCAGCCAUGUAUUAACUGUGAACUCUAUCUAAUCAACACUCCCAUCUGACUGGGGGAAAAUACACAAAAGGAGUAUAAAACAUUUCAGAAUGGGUUGGCCUCUACUUACACACAUGAGACAAUUAUAAACCCAUAAAAGAAUCAAUGUAAGAAUAAAGAAAAUAAAGUGCUAAUGGUUUUGGUUGCUGACUCCACUCUAGGAAUUCAGAAAAUAGAUUAUUGAGGCCUGCGGACCCAUGGAGAAAGUGUGACAUAAGG